AUGGAGAGACUGUUGGCAGCAAAAGCCGAUGUCAAUGCUCCCACUGGUGGUGAAGGAACAGCACUCCAAGCAGCCGCAGCAAAAGCUGAUGUCAACGCGUCUCCCGCUGGUGGUGAUGGACGAACAGCACUCGAAGCAGCCGCAGCAAAAGGUCAUGUUCAGGUCGUGGGACUGUUGGCAGCAAAAGCCGAUGUCAAUGCUCCCACUGGUGGUGGUGGACAAACAGCACUCCAAGUAGCCGCAGGACAAGGUCAUAUUCAGGUAGUGGAGAGACUGAGACAGGCUGGGGCACAGUGA